UCCGAAGUUGCAAUCUAAUCUGAGCGACUUUUUUUCUUCGCAAGACCUCAUUUGCACUCGAUUAACACUCCUUCCAAUUUCUGGCCUUACACGCCUUAUUAUGGCUCUGGUAGCAGAGACUUCUUGAGAUCACUUCUCCAUGGAUCUUUUCCACCCUUUCAAGUUCGCAGACUCUACUGCCGGCGUGUAACCUGUUACCACCAGCGCGAUGACCUCCGCUGCACCAAUUCGAAGACCUGCGUUUCUCACUCGUUCAUUGAUCUUCACUCCUUCUUACAUUAAUCAUCGUGCGGGCAAAUCCUCUCGUCACGAUCCAGCACUUGCUUACAGUGUUAUUUUAGCACUCAGACCACAUAUCCGUCGAGGUCUCGAUCCCUACAAACCACACGCAAGAAGUCUGCAUUCCUCACCGCGUCGUGUCGCUGCGACUGCAGAUCCUACCGCAAAAACGGCCUCGUCUGCUAUCCCUCAUAUUUCGUUACACAUUGCGGCGUCCUCGAGUGGCAAGGGCCGCAAAUUUCGUCCUGAAUCCAGUACAUUCGACUAUAUCCCUAGCAACACCGACGGCCUGGGCCUCCAGCAAGGAUCAACCAUAGAAGAGAAGAGAUCACGACGUCCUGACAGUGGGCAAGAUGCAUAUUUCGUCGCAAGAGUUGGACAGGAUUCGGAUACCACAGCCUUUGCCGUUGCCGACGGUGUAGGCGGAUGGACUGAGCAUGGGAUUGACCCGGCUGACUUCUCCCACGGCCUUUGCAGUCACAUGGUUGAGACGGCUCUAUCAUGGUCACAAGAGGAACGACUCGGCCCCAGACAACUUUUGGAGAUAGGCUACGACAAGGUCAAAAAUGACCCUGCGAUAAGAGCAGGAGGUACCACGGCCUGUGUCGCUGUCAGUGAGCCAGAUGGACGCAUGCGCAUUGCCAAUCUGGGCGACUCGGGAUUCCUACAACUACGACUGGGCACCGUUCACCACUACUCCAAUCCACAAACACAUGCCUUCAACACGCCGUACCAAUUGAGUAUGACCCCACCAGAGAUACUCGCUCAAGCGAUGAUCUUCGGCGGCAUGCCCCUGGCCGAUGAACCCGAAAAGGCCGAUCUCGCAGACCACAUGCUUCGGCACGGUGAUGUUCUUGUGCUAGGCACGGAUGGCGUUUGGGACAACCUGAAUUCUCAGGACAUCUUGUCAAUCGUAUCGAACCAGAUGCGUACGUUAGGCGCGUGGCUGAGAUCACCGGACCAGGGAUACUCCAUUUCACCCAUACUCCCGGAGCUGGUUGACAGAUCGCUCGGUCCUAAAAAGCACAAAUUACCGGGCACGCUGCAAAGUGUGCUGGCUGCGGCCAUUGUGGGUGAAGCGAAGGCAGCGAGUCUCAGCGCCAAGCGGGACGGUCCAUUUGCGAAAGAAAUGCAAAAACACUUCCCAUACGAUCCGUGGCACGGCGGGAAGGUGGACGAUAUUGCUGUUCUCGUGGUCAUUCCAGUUGACCAAGCCAGGGCACGUGAGGACAAGGCGAGCCUGAAGCCCAAGCUGUGAUACGUCGAUUUUCGGCAGCUUCACCGGGUUCUGCGAAAGGGAACGCGUGUGUACUGUGGGUUUUCGCCUUGUAAAUCCUGGAUUUCAGUCGCCGGGUGGAAUCAACCGCAUGCUGGAAGCGAUCGAACUUUUUCACCUCUACAACCACUACAUCACACUCGCGUUCAACAUGGAAAGAUCUGGAGUCAUGAUAGCAUGGGUUCAGUUCAUGGUUCUGUAUUGUUUUUAUACACAAAGUCAAGAGUUGCAGCACAGUACGGCAUAACGGCACGCUUUUUGGUUUAGGCAUGGCAUGGUAUGGCACGACAGGGCAUAGAACGGCGGUCGGACCUUGUCUGAAUACUGAACUGUAUCAAUCAGUUGGUAUGCUACAGUUGCAAGCAGUAUAGAUUUUCGAGCCUCGGUACAAUAUACGUUCUGUAGCAUUGAUCAUGACCUGGUACAAUAUGGUCUUGUUUGAUUGUCGUAGGAUCAGAGUGACAGUGGAUGGAUGCAUAACUAUUUACAUACGUGAGCAAGACUGAGUGGUAA